ACUGCUUCCGGGUCAGGGGCAGCAGGAGCCACCAUGGAAGCUCCCGGGGCCGCGGGGCCGCCUGAGCCGCUGGCGGGCUUCUGAGGCUAGGGAGACGGUGCACGGCCGGCGCUGCCCGCCGUGGAUACGCAGGCCUCCGCCAUGUCGGUGCUGGGCGAGUACGAGCGACAUUGCGAUUCCCUCAACUCGGACUUCGGAAGCGAGUCCGGGGGUGGCGGGGACUCGGGCCCGGGGCCCAGCGCCGGCCCGGGGCCGCGAGCCGGCGGCGCGGCGGAGCAGGAGGAGCUGCACUACAUCCCCAUCCGCGUCCUGGGCCGCGGCGCCUUCGGGGAGGCCACGCUGUACCGCCGCACCGAGGAUGACUCCCUGGUGGUGUGGAAGGAAGUCGAUUUGACCCGACUCUCUGAGAAGGAGCGCCGUGACGCCUUGAAUGAGAUUGUCAUCCUGGCGCUGCUGCAGCAUGACAACAUCAUCGCCUACUACAAUCACUUCAUGGACAACACCACCCUGCUCAUCGAGCUGGAGUACUGUAACGGAGGGAACCUGUAUGACAAAAUCCUUCGUCAGAAGGACAAGUUGUUCGAGGAAGAGAUGGUGGUGUGGUACCUUUUUCAGAUUGUUUCAGCAGUGAGCUGUAUCCAUAAAGCUGGAAUCCUCCAUAGAGAUAUAAAGACAUUAAAUAUUUUUCUGACCAAGGCAAACCUGAUAAAGCUUGGAGACUAUGGCCUAGCAAAGAAACUUAAUUCCGAAUAUUCCAUGGCUGAGACACUCGUGGGCACUCCAUAUUACAUGUCUCCAGAGCUUUGCCAAGGAGUAAAGUACAAUUUCAAGUCUGAUAUCUGGGCAGUUGGCUGUGUCAUUUUUGAACUACUUACUCUAAAGAGAACAUUUGAUGCUACAAACCCACUCAACCUGUGUGUGAAGAUUGUGCAGGGAAUCCGGGCCAUGGAAGUUGACUCUAGUCAGUAUUCUUUGGAACUGAUCCAGUUGGUCCACGCAUGCCUCGACCAGGAUCCUGAGCAGAGACCCACUGCAGAUGAACUUCUGGACCUUCCCCUUCUCAGGAAACGCAGGAGAGAGAUGGAAGAAAAAGUCACUCUGCUUAAUGCACCUACAAAGAGGCCAAGGUCAAGCACUGUGACUGAAGCACCCAUUGCUGUGGUAACAUCACGAACCAGUGAAGUCUAUGUUUGGGGUGGCGGAAAAUCUACACCCCAGAAGCUGGACGUCAUCAAGAGUGGUUGUAGCGCCCGACAGGUGUGCGCAGGGAAUACCCACUUUGCUGUGGUCACGGUGGAGAAGGAACUGUACACGUGGGUGAACAUGCAAGGGGGCACUAAACUCCACGGUCAGCUAGGACACGGAGACAAAGCUUCCUACCGACAGCCAAAGCAUGUGGAAAAGCUGCAAGGCAAAGCAAUCCACCAAGUGUCAUGUGGUGACGAUUUCACUGUUUGUGUGACAGAUGAGGGUCAGCUCUAUGCCUUUGGGUCAGAUUAUUAUGGCUGCAUGGGGGUUGACAAGGUCUCUGGCCCUGAAGUGCUGGAGCCCAUGCAGCUGAACUUCUUCCUCAGCAAUCCAGUGGAGCAGGUCUCCUGUGGGGAUAACCAUGUGCUGGUUCUGACUCGAAACAAGGAAGUCUAUUCUUGGGGCUGUGGGGAAUAUGGACGGCUGGGUUUGGAUUCAGAAGAGGAUUACUAUACACCCCAGAGGGUAGAUGUUCCAAAGGCCUUAAUCAUUGUUGCAGUUCAGUGUGGCUGUGAUGGGACCUUCCUGCUCACCCAGUCAGGCAAAGUGCUGGCCUGUGGACUCAAUGAGUUCAACAAACUGGGCCUGAAUCAGUGCAUGUCUGGAAUCAUCAACCAUGAAGCAUACCAUGAAGUUCCCUACACGACCUCCUUCACCUUGGCCAAACAGUUGUCCUUUUACAAAAUCCGUACCAUUGCCCCAGGCAAGACUCAUACAGCUGCUAUUGAUGAACGAGGCCGGUUGCUGACUUUUGGCUGUAAUAAGUGUGGGCAGCUGGGUGUUGGGAAUUAUAAGAAGCGCCUGGGAAUCAACCUGUUGGGCGGACCCCUUGGUGGGAAGCAGGUGAUCAGGGUCUCCUGUGGCGAUGAGUUCACCAUUGCUGCCACUGAUGAUAAUCACAUUUUUGCCUGGGGAAAUGGAGGCAAUGGCCGCCUGGCAAUGACCCCCACCGAAAGACCACAUGGCUCUGAUAUCUGUACCUCUUGGCCUCGACCUAUUUUUGGAUCUCUGCAUCAUGUCCCAGACCUUUCCUGCCGUGGCUGGCACACCAUUCUUAUUGUUGAGAAAGUAUUGAAUUCUAAGACCAUCCGUUCUAAUAGCAGCGGCCUGUCCAUCGGAACUGUGGUUCAGAGCUCCAGCCCGGGAGGCGGUGGCGGUGGUGGUGAAGAGGAAGACAGUCAACAGGAAUCUGAAACUCCAGAUCCAAGCGGAGGCUUCCGAGGAACAAUGGAAGCAGACCGUGGAAUGGAAGGUUUAAUCAGUCCCACAGAGGCUGUGGGGAACAGUUGUGGGGCUAGCAGCUCCUGUCCUGGCUGGCUUCGAAGGGAGCUGGAAAACGCAGAGUUCAUCCCCAUGCCUGACAGCCCAACUCCCCUAAGUGCAGCGUUUUCAGAGUCUGAGAAGGACACCCUGCCCUAUGAAGAGCUACAAGGACUCAAAGUGGCAUCUGAGCUUCCUCCAGAACACCAGCCCCCAGCAGGAGCCUGGCCUCCGCGGCUGAACCCUGCAGUACCGUGUACUGGGAAAGCAUCGCCCUCUCCCACCUGUGCGUGCAGCACUCUGCAGGCCGAGGUCGAGAGGUUGCAAGCUCUGGUGUUCAAGUGUCUGGCUGAACAACAGAAGCUACAACAAGAAAACCUCCAGAUUUUUACCCAACUACAGAAGCUGAACAAGAAAUUGGAAGGAGGCCCGCAGGUGGGGACGCAUUCCAGAGGAAUUCAGACAGCAAAGGAAGAAAUGGAAAUGGAUCCAAAGCCUGACUUAGAUUCAGAUUCCUGGUGCCUCCUUGGGACAGACUCUUGUCGGCCCAGCCUCUAGUCUCCUGAGCCCAGACAGCCCUCAGGAAACUGGGACCCAAGAACUUCACCGCACACUUCCCGAGUGCAGAGGGCAGCUUCCCUGGCUUUCUUCACUUGCAGACACGAGCGAGCGAGCGAGCGCAGGGCAGAGGGAGGCUCCAAAGCACUCUCCUUGUGCUCUUGGAGAGUGGUGUUGCCUUUUAGAUAGGAUCUAGGAGUGACGUUAUUGUUUUGGAGAAUGGAAGGGUCCUGUGGCCCAGCUUUGUCGUCAGUGACUGCCGUAGCAGCAGCAGCAGCAGCAGUAGCAGCUCUGUACCUCAUCUUUUGAUCCCGAAACUCUGAAGAGGAGACACAGUACUCACCUGAAUUGUGCUGGGAGCAGCUCGUAUCCCAUUUAUCACUUUCAUCAUUAAUUGGAAGUUGCCUUGGGAAUUUAGCACCAGGCAUUGCACCUCUGGAUGGAGGAAGGAAAAUGUAAAAUCGGAGUGGGCUGUGACCAGGCCUGGCCUGCCCUGGGUCCUCCAGAGAGUGGUAAAGUACCCAGGAAAUGUACUGGCAGAGUCAGUGUAGAGUUGUUUCAGGAAGUCCAGUUACUUCAUGCAGCUGAGUGCUUUAUGAGGAAAGCUUAGUUCGCUUUCACUGUGGAGGUUGCUUGAAACAUCAUCAUCGAGGAGCAGAGAAAGGGCUGGUCCCUUGUCACAGCCACCAAGCUUUCAGGCUCCGCUUAGUACAAGGUGGGAUUUCCCAGCUCUGGAGGAUUCCUCCAAGAGAGGAGGUAUCUAAGGGAAUUACGCCAGCAGGUAAUAGGUGAGCUGUGGGAGAGAGGCAGGAGGGAAGGAAGUCUUCUGCCCCUGUGAAGGCUUCUUUGUACCUCUAGUGUCAAGACUUAGGGUCUGACUGGGAUAAGUAGCCCCAGGCACCCCUUUCUAUGUCUAGUCAGUAUUUUUCCUCGUUGGUGUGUUUUGAAGCCAUAUCAUACCCAGUAAGUCAGUAUCAUCUUCCAUACUUGAGUGGCCCAAAGCCAGCACCCAAUCCUUGGGGUCCCAAAGCCUGACAGGUAGACCCUGCCAAGUGAGAGGAAAAUGACUGCAAGCCCACUUCUGCUGUGUUCUUGUGGAGAGGAGCCAGCUACCUUCCCCAAAGACAGGACGUGUCCUAGAAGAGCCAGCCUUCUAGGCAAGCAUCUGACGGUUUCCCUUAAAUGUGAGCCUGUGCUUCCACCAAGUCUAAUGAAUUGCUUGUGUUUGGGGCCACAGCAGCUGCUUUGCUAAGUAGUGCCACAUCCUCCAUGCUGCAUACAGCUAAAUUAACAUUGAUUCAUUUAACCAAAGCCAAAAAAAAAAAAAAGGUUUGCUGUCUGUGUUAAUAUUGCAGGAGGACUUACCUGUGCGGGAGACAUUUUGCCAUCCCCUAAACCGGUGUUGUAGAGGUUGGUGCUGGGAGGAACCAUCUCUGGGGCUAGGCAACUGUCCAAUGGGAUCAUUGCUGCCCCAUUGUUUUCUCAAUUCUGAGAAGUCUAGUACAAUAGUACUGAUGUAAUUGCUGAAGCCUUUUCCAGAAUAAGGGAAGGCCCAAUCCUGAUGUAAGGUCACAAGUUAGGGGUCUGGCCAUUGGCUGUAAACCCUGUCAGAGAGUUUUGGUUCAUCAUGUCAAUGCAACUUUGGUUUUCUUCAGGACUGGCUGGCCUUUCAAGGUCCUGUAUCCUUAUGCUUACCAUCUCAGCAGGCCUGAGAGGCGGGGUUUAAGCUCUUCAUUAUGAGCAUUGCUUCUGCUUGGGAGCUGAGGGGCAUGGGCAUGUUGCUGACUGUGGAGAGACAGUGAGUGUUGAGGUGGGCAGGAGCCCAGGGGAGUCAGUCUCUAGCAGAGCAUGGUGGUCGUUUUUUCUAGUAUGUUGCCAUGGAAAGUCCAGGUUUGCUAUUAAUCCAGCUGAGAAUCUAAGUUCUGUGCCUUAGAGAUAAUUUGCACUUUCCAGAAUUGUGCCUAAGACAGCCAUAAGAUUUUUUUUUUUUUUU